GACCAACGGGAAGAAAGCGGGAGAGGAGAUGAAAAGGUCGAAAGAAAUCUCACAUCCUGCUCUGCUUCCCACCCAACUCCACAUCCAAAACGCCGCCGCCGCCGCCGCCGCCAACCACCACAUCCAAAGCGCCGCCGCCGCCAACCACCACAUCUCCGACCACCAGGGUCUAUCCCCUCCUCUCCAUCGCGGCUGCUGGUCGCGGAUCGACCUCCCCAUCCGAGGCCAACUCCUCCAUCCACAGCGGAUUCGUCUCCUCCUCCACACCGAGGCCAUGGCAGGGGGAGCACGAAACACUAGCGCCCGCCAUGGCGACCUAGCACCAGGAACCGGCCGGCGCAUCCUGCAGCCGCCGGUCCAGCAUGAAUGCGGCAGCUUGGCCUCAAGGACUCCAAGAUCUGUUUGCAGGCACAGAUGAUGUAUGCGGCAGGCGACGAUGAUGCCGACGCCAACGCCGAGGAGGACGAGGACCCGAGCUCCAGCCUGACCAGCAUGGUCCCUGCUGCCUGCCAGUAAUGACUCCCUGCAGAUAUGCGCCAUAUGGGAGAUCCUUCUCGCCGGACUUCAGGAGAAGGCGGUCCCUCGGCGACGGGUUUGAGAGCUAGCGUGGGUUUUGCCAGACCAUUCAUGCUACCCAGAUGGGAUUGUCGCUCAAUAUCGGCAUGUAUCAUGUAUGCAGCAGACGAGGAUGAUGAUGACGCCGAGGAGGAUGAGGACCUGAGCUCGAGCCUGACCACGAUGGCGCAUAUCACAAGGUCCCUACUGCCUGCCAGUAAUUACUCCCUGCAGGUUUCACAUCAUUCUCAGGAGAAGCGGUGGGUGUUUUUUGACUUUGGCGUUCGGAAAGCACUUGGGAGGGGCCAGUUCGGCAUGUUUACUUGGCCAGAGAAAAGAGGAUUGUUGACAACAACAAACUUUCUGAACAGAACAAUGAGAGUCCCGAACAAUGGGAGAAUGGAGCUUCCCGUCUAUGAACUAAUCGAUCGACUAUAUCGUAUCGAGCUCAAAGGUUUGUGCAACAACAACAAAGCCUUUAGCAUGAAGCCAAACUGA